UCGAAAUAUUUUCAGUAAAAUGAACGCCCUCGUGUUUAUCGCCGUUGCCAGUAUUAUAGUUUACAGAGUUAAAGCAGUUGCGCCGAAACAAUUGAACCUGGCUCUUGAAACAGUCCUUCAGUUUGAUAAGAAAGACAGAGCAACAGAUCUCGCUGUUCUAGACAAGGUGCAAGAUUUCCUAGAUCAAAUCAAAAAUGCCAUGAAAACCAGCGCCAGAAGAAGCGGCGGCGAUGAUUUAACGUUCACAGGAUUCUUAGUCCAAGCCGCUGAGAUCCUUAAAAAUCUCGACGACGAUACACUCGAAGAAGCCUACGUCGUCAUCAACGACGAAUCAAGAAGAUAUAUCAACACAGAAAAAGAUCUAAAAGAGCUUUUCGACAAUAAAGAUAUGAGGAGGUACGUUUCUGAAAAAUUAGAUGAUUACAGGGAACUGACAGCUGAUGAUUUAAGACGACAUCUAAAUGGUAUUAUUACCCUCGUGGAAUAUAAUGGAGAUAAAGGGGAAGCAAGUGAAUUUCUCGAAAUUGGGAAUACCUUAUAUGAAGGUGCCAGUGAUAAAUUAAGGAGAGCGCUCAGUGAUCUAAGUAAAAUGGGAACAGGUGGUGAAUAUAAUAUAGGAAACAUUUUGAAAAGCACUCUCAGAUCGCUGGCUUAUUUGCAUUAUUUAUCCCUUGGUAGAGAUGUUAAAACUGAACUAAUAAAUAUGGUGAAACAUUAUUGGCGAUCAUUCACUGAUAGCCUUGUAGACAACGAUGAUUCGACACAUAAAUGGAAGAAAACGAGAAACACUCGUAGGUAUCGCACAACAAAAAAGUUUUCAUGGUUAAAUCUUUUAAGAGAGAAAGCUAAAAAACCGGAGAUCUUCUUAAGUAAUACCGAUUUAGGGAAAUUAUUUGGAGGAUCACAUCAUAAUGAUAAAAAGAGCGUAUCUAAAAGCUAUAAUAAAAAGAAGUCUAGCAGACAUCCUUCAACUAGAGGUAGGGCCUUUGAUAGACAUAAAGAAAAGAAAAGGCCCCGCACAAAGCAUCAAGAAUCACCUGACUUUGUGCCAAAGGAAGAAUCAGAAGAGAAAGUGUUAAUGGGUGGGCAAAAGACGCGAGACGUUCAUUUUAGAGGUCAAAUAACUUCUCAAGAAUUCGUUGCAGAUGAAGAUAGGAAAAAAGAUAAUACAGAAGAAAUAGUGAUACAUCAUAGUAAUGUUAUUGAUGUGGGAUUGUCUAGGAAGACUCCUGGACGAUUAAACAUAACCUUUGUUUCGCCAGACAAUUCCAGAAUAGGCGAUGACAUAAAAGUCAUAAGAAAGAGUAACACAAAUGAUACGUUCGGCCUAGAUACCGGUCCGGUUAAAGGUACUGACGUAGAUGCAAUGAUUAAACACAUAGAAGAACAAAUACAAGCAGUAAAAGAUCAGGUUGCAUACGUGAAAAGUCUAACCAACUCUAAACGCAUGGAUAACACAGAUGUAACUAUUCUAAAUAACAAAACUGAAAAUGUUAGCAGUACUCAAGCAUUUGAACCUCCAAAAGUUUACACAUUUAGAGCUCGAUAUGAUACAGAAAAUAAUUCUUCUGAAGUAGGAAGUAAUCAUAAUAGAACAAUUGAAAAUGUUACUGAAAGUACUUUUACGAAUGUCUCAGAAACGACAAUUAUUAAUGAAGAAAAAGAACCCGUUGAAGUUCUUUCUUCGGAAGAUCAUAAAGUUGUACCUUCGGCGGAAGAUCACAAAGUUGUGCCUUCGGCAGAAGAUCACAAAGUUGUGCGUUCGGCAGAAGAUCACAAAGUUGACCAUACAGCAGAAGAUCAUAAAGUUGACAUCAUAGAAUCAGUGACGGGAUCGACAGAAGUGAAUCAUACUCAAAAUGCCAAAGAAGAUACACAUGAUAAUACUACACCACUUAAUGAACAUGAUGAUAGUACCACGCCAAGUGAUCAUGAUAAAUCUAUAACACCAAAUGACCAUGACAGUACAACGUUAGAACAUGAUAGUACAACUAAUGAACAUGACAAAAAUGACCAUAUAGACAAAACAGAAAUAAGUAAUAAUAUUACUAAUAUUGUGGAAACAGGUCAUAGUCCUGAAAUUUAACUUUACAGAUAAGGGAAAGGUAGAAGCUAAAAAGAAAUGUAAUUAAAUAGUGAAAUAAAGUACAAUAUGAUGUU